AUGUCGGACUCCCCCCAAUCUCCUCCCAAGGAUGUCGAGCAAGGUGUACAAUCACCGGAAGAGGAACAAAUGAACGAGCCUCAAGACCCACAGUCCGGUGGCCUGGCCUACGCCGAGUUCGAGGUCAAGGAACAGGACCGCUGGUUGCCCAUAGCCAAUGUCGCCCGCAUUAUGAAGAAUGCUCUUCCCGAGAAUGCAAAGAUUGCGAAAGAAGCGAAGGAAUGCAUGCAAGAAUGCGUCAGCGAGUUCAUCUCAUUCAUCACCAGUGAAGCAUCGGAGAAGUGCCACCAAGAGAAGCGCAAGACGGUCAACGGUGAAGACAUCCUGUUCGCCAUGACAUCUCUGGGCUUCGAGAACUACGCCGAGGCACUUAAGAUCUACCUUUCGAAGUAUCGGGAACAAUCCCAGUCCAACAGAGGAGAGAGCUCCCACCGCCCCGGUAGCAGCGGAUACGGCGCUAACCCGCCAGCCGGCGCCGGAAGCUUCCAGGCUGAGCCUCAGAAUAACGUUCUCGGAGCUCAGCAGGGUGACGGCAGUGCCGACCCGAACUACAUGUACGGCGCUCAGACCGGACACAACGGCACGGGUGGCGCGGACGGCUACUAG